UCGAGUCAGCGAGCACUCAUAAAGAGCAAUCUCUCGGUUCGCGACGAAUUGUAGAAUAUCUAUAGAAUCAGAUACAGAUACGGAUACAGACUUUUUCGCAUAUGUAACCGCAAGUGUCAAAGUAAUACAGGAUACCUCGAGUAUAUUUCACCCAGUCCCAUCUCGAUUAAAAGGAGACCCUAGCUGGGUUCACUGCAGCCAAAAGUGAUAUAAUUACCCAGAGGCAUAAUUUUCAUCAGCGGAAUAUGAAGGCCUCGUUGGCCCGUUAAAAAUAGACGGCCAGAACAUGAGCGCGAGCACAAAGAUAGAUCGAGAAAGUAGCACACGGCAGCGGCUGGACAUGGACAUGGAGCAGGCGGCGGAGGCCAGACACCAGCAGCGCCACCGCCGACGCCUGGGACGGAGCCAUCGCGAGCCCACGCCCGUCACCGAGUUCCAGAUGCAGGGCGACCAGAGUCCGGCCAGAGACGACCCCCUCUAUCCGGAUCCCUCGCCGCAGAUGGUCCGCAUGCAGAUACGACCGCCAGGCACUCUGUCCGCCCACGAGAGCAAGAUCCUCCGGAAGCGGGAUAAGAGUUUUGCCAAUACCGCGUCGCGCAGUCAUUCGCAGCCACGGGAAGCGGAGAGGCUGAGCAGCCCGGAUGCCCACCAUCUGAUCAAGCACCGCAGCUUGUCCUCGCCGCGUCACAAGGAGGAGUCCAGCGAGAGCGAGAUGACCACCGGCAGCAGCAGCCAGCAGCAACAGAAGAUGCCACCAAUCAGUCUUGGCCAGACGCAUGACACUCUCACCCGGCUGGAGCAGAACCUGCAGCGCUUCGAGGAUGAGCGUCGGCGGUUUGACGCCGAGAAGCGUCUAUUCGAGCGCGAGAAGCGGGAGCAUAAGAUGCGCCACCGCCAGCAGCUGGACAACGAGGAGCGGAAGCGUCUGCUCCAGAGCUACCGCAAGCUCAGCGAUCGCAUACAGCUCCCACAGGACGAGGAGGACCGCCGCCGUCUCAUCCAUAGUCUGCGCCUCCAGAGGCACGAGGCGCCCAAAGUCCGAGGACGCAAUCGUAGUAGCGGUUACGAGGAGUCCUCCACACAGUUUAGCUCCUCCGAUGCAGAGCCAGCGGAGGAGAUGCACACUCGGGCACGACCACUCAAGUCCCUGCCGGGUUACGUAGCUGCUCCGAUUCGUGGAGCUCCGCCACCGCCUCCUUCAGCUCCCCUAAAGCCUCCAGAAAGAGUCUCCGUGAGCAGGAACAACUCCCUGUCGCCGGUGAGACCACAACGUCGUUCCAAGACACCAGAGCAGCGGGAGGAGAUCCUUCGCAAGCACGAGUACGUGGAAGUGGGGGAGACCAAGAGCGAGGCCAUCAAGCCCCGGGCCACAGAAGCGGAGCAGCAAUCGGAUCUCAUGAGAAAGUACAUGGAGGCGGCAGAGCGGGCGGCCAAGGCGGAGGCAGCUUUGGCAGCGCAAACCCUUUCGGCGGAGGGAGUGCGUCGGAGCAAUAGCUUGCGGCUGGCAGAGAAGGAGGAGAAGUCCACGAAAACGGAGACUAAGCGGAGCUCUAGCUUGGAGCGCCCCUUAAGGGCCAAGCGAUCGGGCAGCCUGGAAAGAGGAGAGAAUGUUAUGAAAGUAGAAAGUGCCACUCAGUCAUCAGAAGGUGCUGAACCAGAUCCCGAACCAGAAGCUGAGCUGGAUGUAGCACUACAACAAGAAGACACAAUCCCCAAGGUAGAACUAGAAGUCAAGCCAACAUUUAUGCAGCGCCUUAGGAACUGGUUUGGCCGCAAGAAAAAGAUUGCCGCCGAAGAUGUCACGGAUUUAACUGAAAAACCUCUGCCGGAGAAGAUAGCCUCGCGGGCAUUCCUCUACCACUUCCGCCUGGAGUCGGGCCACGAAUGGAGGCGCCUCAAGCUGGACUACCCACAACGCGUGGAGGAGAUGCGUCACCUUCGCAACCACUGUAUCUCCCACUGUAUACUGCUGGCCAUGCUUCUGGGAUUCGGAGGGCUCCUCUUCCGGUAUACGGAAGGAGCCUCGGAGAACAUCUACAAGUGCGAGGUGCGCAAGGUGAAGCGCGAUUUCAUCGACAACCUGUGGGACGUCAGCCACAACAUGAGAGAGGAUGACUGGAAGUCUCUUGCACGCCAAAAGUUGCGCAAAUUUGAGGACGAACUGAACACUCUGGCUGAGCUGGGUCUACGACGUUAUCCCGGCCAGAAGUCCUGGAACUUUAUCAAUUGCUUUAUAUUCUGUUGGACCGUAGUCACCACCAUAGGCUACGGUCACAUCACUCCAAAGACAAAUCUGGGACGCUCACUGACCGUCAUAUAUGCCAUCAUUGGCAUACCCAUGUUCCUGAUCGUGCUGGCCGAUCUGGGAAAGCUCUUCACGCGCAGCGUCAAGUUCCUGUGGGCGUAUGUGCGGCGCGUGUACUACACCCGCUCCUGCCGGCGGAUCCGGAAGCAACAGCAGAUCCGGGACGCCAUGACUGGCUUUAAUACUGUGUACGACAUGGCCAUCCGGCGACCCAGCAUGUUCUUCGGCAAGUCUGGCGAAGAGAACGACGAGGAGUCGCAAGAUGCGGAGGCAGGGCGCUCACUGGGCACAUCGCACCCGGAGACACCCACAUCGCCGUACCCAGAGACCUUCGAGGUGGACGAUGAGUUCAAUUUACCAGUGUCGGUGGCCUCUCUCCUUCUCAUCUCCUACAUCCUGCUGGGCACCGCCGGCUACGUGAUGGUGGAGUCGGAAUGGCAGCCCCUCGAUGCCUUCUACUACGUGUUCAUCUCAAUGUCCACCAUCGGUUUCGGCGACCUGGUGCCAAGCAAUCCCAUCUACCUGAUGGUCAGCAUGAUCUACUUGAUCUUCGGCCUGGCCCUGACCUCCAUGUUCAUCAAUGUGGUGCAGAUCAAGCUCAGUGACCACUUCAAGCGGGCCAGCGCCAAGGUGGGCGCCACCAUCGGCAUGAACAUGGCCAGCGAGUUCGGCGAUGAGGGCGGCUCCCAGGUGAAGACUCCCUCCGAGCUGGCCUCGGUGCAUGGAUCACGUCUGGACAGGAUCGAGGAGGACGGUCAUGAGGCGAACGGCCACUCGCCCGUGCCCCCAUUGCCCUCCAUUCUGCGAACACCACGUCCCCUGUCGCCAGCGUUUAACGGAGUGGAAGUCAAUGGAAGCCGCGAUACGGAUGUGAGUCCGCCGCCACUCUUGCCCAGACGUCAGGUAUCCGUGGAGCCCCAGCCGCCGGCGGAAGGGGAGAACAAGAAGAAGAAAAAGCACAGAUUCUUCUAAGGCAACGACAAGAAGGAAAACCCUGCCUGACAAUGUUAUUAACUAGUAAGGAACCGCACAAAUGACAUGGCAAUUUUAAUCGAAUUUACGAGAACUUCUGCACACACAUUAUUUAUUAUUUGUUAUUUAAUUUUACUUGUCACCAUCCUAGGCUAAGUCUAAAGUUAAUUGA